AUGAUGAACAUGACCCGUCCAAUACCAAAUGAAGUCAUUGAUUGGACAAUCCUAAACGAAAUAAUACAGAUGGAUGAGGAUGACUCCGAAUUCUCUCGGAACCUGAUACUCCAAUAUAUUGACCAGGCCAACACGACGUUUGCAGAGAUCGAAGAAGAGUUGAAUCACGGUCAGGAUUUGAAGAAACUGAAUGAAUUGGGACACUUCUUGAAAGGUUCGUCUGCAUCCCUCGGGUUGCAAAGAAUCGCUUGGGUUUGUGAGAGAAUUCAGGAUAUAAGUCAGAAAUCGGAGGAUUCGUUUCCUGACGAAAAUGUAUUGCUUGGAAAAUUGCCCAAGGGUGUCAAUAAGAAGGAUAUUGUAUUCCAACCUGCCAAAAUGAAGUUGGAUCAUUCUAAUGUGUAUCUGGAAGCAGAUUUAAGGGCUUUAAAUCAUGCAAGGGUGGAGUUCCAAUUAGCAAAGAUGGAACUUUCUAAGUAUUAUAAAACACAAUUAUAA